CCAAAGUUGAAGACAACAGUUGAAGAUGGACAAGGAGCAGCGUUGUGUGAGUUUGUCAGUCCAUCCAUCCAGAGGACUGAUGGAUGAAAAGUUCAUCGUCCUGGUUCAGAAGGUCCUCCCUGGUUUCCAGCUCACCAUCCAUGCCUCCUACCAUUGUGAAGAUGGAAACAGCUGGGAAGCAUUUGCUCACUACACAGCUGAUGCAAGCGGGACUGUAAAUGUUUCACAGGAUACCAGCGUGGGUGGGACAUAUUCUGGGGUUGAAGCAAUGGGUCUACUGUGGAGCCUCAGACCAGUUCCAGGCAGCAAACCAGGGCUGAGGUUGAGGAAGAAAAACGUCCAGACUCCCAUGGAGGUCACAGUUUCAGUGUACCAGGGUCACCAGACAGAGGGCUUUGUGGAUCAGGUGCCGCUGGCCAGUGUGUUGGUGGAGCGUUGGUACAUGGCACCCGGCGUCCGCAGAAUCCCAGUCACAGAGGAUGGACUCACUGCGACCCUCUUCCUGCCUGCAGGAAAUGGACCUUUUCCUGGCCUCCUGGACCUGUGGGGUGGAGGGCCGUUGGUGGAAUAUCGUGCAGCACUGCUGGCCUCCAAUGGCAUCGCCUCCAUGGCCCUUAACUACCUGACACCUAAAACCACCAUGGAAACUGGAAAAAUGGUGGACAACCAGUACUUUGAGAAAGCCUAUAAAUUCCUGCAGCAGCAUCCUCAGAUCUGUGACAGUAGGAUUGCCAUGCUGGGCCUUUCCCUGGGCUCUGCUUUCACCCUGAAAAUGGCUGUUUACUCCCAGGUUAUGAAGCUCAGAUGUGCGGUGUGUAUUGGUGGGAGUCAUGUGCAGCCGGUCGACGGAUCUGUGGAACAAGUACUGGACUACAUGAAUAAAAAUGCUGAGAAAACUCGCUUCAGUGAGAACAAUGAAAUGAUCUGGCGUGAUCUGCUGCUGCCCAUCCCCACUGACCCUUCAUUCAAAGUAGAUGUGGGACGACUCCAGUGUCCUCUGAUGCUGGUUGUAAGUGAGGACGAUCAGAACUGGCCUACCUCAGAGUCUGCAAAGGAUAUGAAGGAGAUGAUGGAGCAAGCAGGGAACAGCCACCUGCUGACCAUCCUGUCAUACCCAAACGCAGGUCACCUGAUUGAACCACCGUACACACCACACGUCCGAAUCAGCAUGUUCAGAACAGUGGGCACACUGGAGAAGAUGAUGGCUCUGUGGGGUGGACGGACGGUGGAACAUUCUCGUGCUCAGGAAGACGCUUGGAAGAAGAUAUUGAUCUUUCUGAGGGAGAAUCUGUACAGCAGCACAAACCCUGGUGCAGCAACACUUUCCCACCUGUAACCAAGUUGACAAGCAUGAUUGUAGAAGUAAAGUGGGCACUGUAGUGGAGGCCUAUCUGCAAUAUGAUACUUAGCUAACCAGAAGAUUCUUGUGUUUCUGUUAAGUAACAAUGAGGAAAUCAUUUCAAUGGGAACAUGGUGAAAAACAAUGCAGAGUUCCUGCAUAUCUUUCUCUGUUGCCAGUAACAUCAUUUUACAUCAUGACCUCUCAUGCUGCCACUUCCAAGCCACAUACACUUAGUAAUUAAAAUAAGGAAAAACACAAAUGGUUGUUUUUUGAGUUGGAUGGACUUUCCUUUUGACAGUGUUUUCCAUAUGAAUAAAAUGUAUUUAUUGGCCAAUAUGUUUUUGAAUUAAUUACAUUAGAGAAAGUAACACCAGAGAACAGAUGCAGCUUUUCAUUGAUAAUUGCCUUGCAUAAUCAUCGAGAUAUAGAUUCAUUUUUGUAAACCAGAGCUGUCAGAGGUGUGUUCAAGAAAUCCAAGCUUUUUAAAAUCUGCAUUCUGACUCUCAUGCUGUACGGCUGUUCUAUUAAUAAAAUACAAAAUGAUUGAACAAG